AUGGAAGCUAAUUGCCACAAAGUGUCCUCCUCCUACAACCAGUUUCUCGGCACUGCUGUCGGUCCUGACGUCCGCCUCCCUCAAAUCCCAAUGGGUGCGCGCGAAAUCCUUACCUUCUUCCCAAACCAUACACAAUGGUUCGACGUCAUGAAGCGAUUGAUGCGCAACCAUUUCAGCACCGAAGAAAUUGCUAGGGCACAGCUCCACGCCCGAGGCACUCUGACGAAGGACAACCGUGAUAGGCGUGAUCAAGCCCUUCGCCAUCAAGUCAGCACAGGCGGCAAGACAGCCUACGCCGACGAUGACUGGACCAAGAAGCGCUGGGAGGCGAGCAGUCACCCAGACUCGAGGCCAUAUACCGAGGCAUUCAUCACGUCUACUGCGCCCUUCACAAACAUUUACGAUGUGACCGGCUUGAGACCAAAUGAUCCCACCCGUCGAGUUGCGAGUGCACCAGCCCUUCGGGACGUCAUUCAAAGCGUUGUGAACUGGCCGACUGGCGAAGAUGCUGGUCCAUUGACACAAGCACUUCUUUGGGCCCGCCGUCAAGGGCAAACUUACCUUGCUACCCAUACGCUGGAUGAUAUACCAGCUAUCAUCACGACUCAAGGCUUCACAUACCCGACUGACGCUACAAAUAGCCGUGCCUGGGAUGCACGUGCUCGGAAACGCCUUAAUCAGACGGUUCCGAAGCCGGCAUAG